UGGACAAUCAGUUGGUGAUCCAGUGAUCAGUGAGGAUGAUGUCCCCGUUGUUUUCCGGUCUUGGCAAGCUAAAAACUUCCUGGUGACUGUGAUGCACGUAAAAGGAAAUGUAUCAAAUACCAAUGUCUUGGGUGUCACUGAAGUAGAGGAGCUGCUUUAUGCAGGAGGUUAUAAUGUACCAAGAACGGUUCAUGAAGUCAUAGCACACUUGGCUUGCCGUCUUUCUCGAUGGGAUGAUAGGCUAUUCCGUAAAUCCAUAUUUGGCGCUGCUGAUGAAAUCGAACUGAAGUUUAUGAACAGGAGAAACCAUGAGGAUGUAAAUCUCUUCAGUAUCAUUCUCAACCAAGAAAUCAGAAAAUUAUCAAGACAGGUCAUCCGAGUGAAGUGGUCACUACACGCAAGAGAGGAGAUUAUAUUUGAGCUUCUCCAGCAUCUGAGAGGAAACAUAGCUCGGCAUCUGUUAGAAGCUUUGAGGAAGAACACAAGGGAGAUGCUUGAGGAACAAGAAGCAGUCCGUGGACGUCUCUUCACAAUCCAAGAUGUCAUGCAAAGCACUGUCCGUGCUUGGUUACAGGACAAAAGCCUCAGAGUGAGCCAUAACUUAGCCGUGUUUGGAGGAUGUGGUCUUGUGCUAACCAUAAUCGUGGGACUGUUUGGUAUCAACGUGGAUGGCAUCCCCGGUGCUCAGAACACGCCGUACGCGUUUGGUCUGUUCACUCUGCUCAUGGUUCUCAUUGGAGCGGUUCUGAUUGCGGUCGGUCUGGUAUACUUGGGGCUCAAAAAGCCCAUCACAGAAGAACAAGUGAAAGUUAGAAAGCUGGAGCUACAAGGUGUGGUCAAGAUAUUUCAACACGAAGCAGAGACUCAUGCCCAAGUCCGGAGAAACAAUUUGUCUCCUACUGCUGGAGAUGUGUUUGACACUGAGUAUAUACUCAUCCAGCGUAAUCGCAAUAUCAUCGAUUUGGCUAGCCAGAGGAAAGAAGAGAAGACGACUGCUCCGAUGGCCGAUCCUGAGCUAGAAGCUAUUAGGCAGAGGAGAAUGCAAGAGCUCAUGGCUCGACAUGGCACACAGGGGAAGCCAGGCAAUCAGCAGAAUCCAGAUCAAGAGAGAGCACAAGAAGAUGCUAAAAGGGAAGCUGAUGAACGUAGACAAAUGAUGCUUAGUCAAAUAUUGUCUUCCCAAGCCCGAGAGAGAAUCGCUCGAAUUGCCUUGGUGAAACCUGAGAAAGCGAGAGGUGUAGAGGAUGUUAUUUUGAGGGCUGCUCAAAUGGGACAGAUCGUUGAGAAGGUUUCUGAGGAGCGACUGAUAACGCUGUUGGAACAGAUAAACAGCCAAACUAGCAAACAGACAAAAGUCACGAUCCAGAGGCGCCGUGGUGUAGAUGACGAUUAG